GCUGCUCUCAGACAGAUCACUGAUCAGAGAGCAGAAGGUGUAUAGAUACGAGCUGCCCUUGAAAUGUUUAUGUUUAGUCUGAUGCAUGUUGGUAUAGUUAGUAGAGAUCAGCUGUCAGUUAUAUGUUGCAUGUUGACGCCUUGACAUUUGUUCGCUUUCAAUACAAUUUUUUUGGAGUCUCUUCUGAUGAUCCCUGGAAGAACGGUACUUAGUUGCGAGCUACUGCAGCUGAUUGCUCAAUACUGCACCGAAUUCUAGAUACAGAAGCUUCACCAGAAACGUGCUGGUGUUUGAUGAUCAGAUCGACGCGAAUGUAAGCCGAGAUUUUUAUUGAUUUCUUUAUUUUUUCGAGGAUCAUGGUGGAGCUGACUUGUCUCAAUGCUUAUUGGCCUCUCAUCCGGUUCCUGGUUCCUUUGGCCAUUACUAACAUUGCCAUCGAUUUCGGGGAACAGGCUCUGAACAGAGGCAUUGCAUCAGUAAAAGAGGAUCGUGUGGAGAUGCUGGCCAGCUAUGGUUUGGCCUACUCACUUAUGAAGUUCUUCACUGGACCCAUGAGUGACUUCAAGAGUGUUGGGCUGGUACUGGUCCACAGCAAGAAAGACAGAAGAAAAGCAGUGCUGUGCAUGGCUGUGGCUGGUGUUAUAGCUAUGAUCCUUCAUGUUCUCAUAGCUUACACAGAUCUGGGUUAUUACAUCAUCAACAAACUCCACCAUGUGGACGAAUCCGUGGGCAACAAAACACGAAAAGCAUUUCUUUACCUUGCAGUGUUUCCUUUGCUGGAUGCAAUGGCAUGGAUUCAUGCUGGCAUUCUUCUAAAGCACAAAUACAGCCUGCUGGUGGGUUCUGCUUCCAUCUCUGAUGUGGUGGCUCAGAUCAUGUUUGUGGCAGUCCUGCUCCACAGCAACCUUGAGUGUGUUGAACCCUUGCUCAUUCCAAUCCUGUCUUUGUAUAUGGGAGCACUGGUGCGCUUUAGCAUAGUGGGACUCGGCUACUACUGCAACAUUCAUGACAACUUUCCUGAAUCCAACAGCCAGGACAUGGGGGGAGAUACCACCAUCAGGAAGAUGUUGGGCUUCUGGUGGCCACUGGCACUCAUAUUAGCCACCCAAAGAAUCAGUAGGCCCAUCGUCAACCUGUUUGUGUCACGAGAUCUCAAAGGCAGCUCUGCUUCUAUAGAGGCUGUAGCAGUGCUGACAGCCACCUACCCAGUGGGACACAUGCCAUACGGUUGGUUAACGGAACUACGGGCUGUUUAUCCAGCAUUUGACAAGAACAACUUAAACAACAAGUUUCCUGCUGGUACUGGAGUGACAAAAUCCCACAUCAAGAGGUUCACGUUAGCCUGCUUUACCCUCUCUUUAACGCUAUGCUUUAUAGUGUUCUGGACCCCUGGUGUUUCGGAGCUGAUCCUGGUGAAUGUCAUUGGGGUGGAUGGAAAUUUCGCUCAACUCUGCACAGUUCCUCUUCGGAUAUUCUCCUUCUUCCCUGUUCCAGUGACCAUUCGAGCUCAUCUGACAGGCUGGUUGAUGACCCUGAAGAAGACGUUUGUGCUAGCCCCUAGCUCAGUGUUGAGGAUAGUCGUACUCAUCACUAGUCUCAUAGUGCUUCCAUAUAUGGGGGUGCAUGGUGCUUCAUUAGGUGUGGGCUCACUCCUGGCCGGCUUCCUUGGAGAAGCCACGAUGGUGGCAGUCGGUGCAUGCUAUGUGUAUCGCCAACAGAGAAAGAAUUCAGGCACAGAGCUAGGCACGCAGGGGGGCGACUCUGCCCCGAUGAGUGCUGUCACAUCCACGACUGAGUUAGACGCCAUCCAAGAGGUAGAUGAGGACGAGGAACAGGAGGAGGGACAGAAAGAGUAAAUUCUGAGGAAUACAUGGAUAAAGAAAGCUAAGGAGAAUUUGCUGAUUAUGACUGUUAACUAAAAGAAAAAGAAAAAACAACCCCUACUCUUGAAACCAGUAACAGGACGGCGACCUGUUAGUGGGGCGUUCCUACUCCGAUCGCUCAACCUGUAUCUGCUACAGCACUUUCUGCAACUGAAAGAACCUUUUUGCACUGAAGUCCUUCAGAGACUCCCUGCCCAGCAGCUAACAACUUAAUGAUUGCAUUUCAGCAGUCCUGAUAAUGGGAGCGGCUGGAAGAUGUAUUUGCUCUUUGCUUUAUGCCAACUUGUCAAAAAUAUUUAAGUACAUAUAAUUGCUCAGAGGGAGACAAUCUGGCACAAAAGCACAGUUACUGAACUUUGACACAGUGGAACAUGUCUGUUACAGUGUGGGCCUUAAAAUGCACAAUAUCUGCACAGUCUGUUAACGCACAAAAGAAUUUUGAUAUAUUAUAGAAAUAUCUGAACAUUUUUAUGAAAGAUUUUUUUUUUUUUUUUGCUAUUCAGGGACAUGCACAAAGAAAUUCAUAUAAUUGUCUGUUUAUUUUAUAUUUUUAGCUAGACAUGUUCUAUUUAGUGUUGUAUGGUUAAUGGGAGGUUGCAUGGAUUAUUUAUUUGUGUAUUUUUUUUUUAACAAAAAAAUAAAUUGUGGUAAAAAUGCUUUCUAA